UCAAAUCCAGAAAUUUCCACAAUUCCUCCAACAAGACCCACAACUGCAGGAGGAUACAGAACUACAGGAAGACCCACAACUGCAGGAAGACACACAACUACAGGGAGAUGGACAACUACAGAUGCUCGCCAUUCUUACAAAGUAGUAGAAGGUGUGGUGGGCCACCCUGUCACACUGCCAUGUACUUACUCAACAAAUGGGGGAGUCACUACCGCAUGCUGGGGCCUUGGUGAAUGUCGAUCUGAUUAUUGUGCUAGAACACUUAUCUGGACCAAUGGAUAUCGUGUCUCCUAUACGAGGAGCAGCAGAUACCAGCUAAAGGGGCAUAUUUCAGAAGGAAAUGUGUCCUUGACAAUAGAGAAUGCUGUUCAGAGUGACAGUGGUCCAUAUUGUUGUAUAGUGGAGAUUCCUGGAUCUUUCCGUUAUGUGACCUAUUCCUUGGAAAUUAAACCAGAUGCUCGCCAUUCUUACAAAGUAUUUGAAGGUGUUGUGGGCCACCCUGUCACACUGCCAUGUAUUCACUCCACAAAUGGGGGAAUCACUACCGCAUGCUGGGGCCUUGGUGAAUGUCAAUCUUUUUAUUGUGCUAGAACACUUAUCUUGACCAAUGGAUAUCAAGUCUCCUAUAAGAGGAGCAGCAGAUACCAGCUAAAGGGGCAUAUUUCACAAGGAAACGUGUCCUUGACAAUAGAGAAUGCUGUUCAGAGUGACAGUGGUCCAUAUUGUUGUAUAGUGGAGAUUCUUGGAUCUUUCCGUAAUAUGACCUAUUCCUUGGAAAUUAAACCAGAAAUUUCCACAAGUCCUCCAACAAGACCCACAACUGCAGGAAGACCCACUACUUCAGGAAGACCCACAACUUCAGGUAGACCUACAACUUCAGGAAGGCCUACAACUGCAGUAGACCCACAAGUGCAGGAAGACACCCAACUACAUUAAGACUCACAACUACAGCAGGACCCAUGACUACAUUUACCACGGAAGACUCUGCUUCCCCAUUCCCCCAAGAGCCAAGCAACGUCCAGUAAUCAGGUGGAAGCAGCUUUUGAGAGAAACGAUGCCCUUAUUUCCAUCUACCGUUUUUUUUUUAAUAAUAAAUGAAAGUCUAGAAUGUAA